AACACUCUUCAACAAAAUCUCAUGUUUCAUCGGUGACGUCAUUUUCUACCUACAAGAUCAUCACUUAUACACAAAAUAUUCAAUGAAACCCCGGUUAAUAUUCAUAUUCUUUGCCUGCUAUUUCCUAAAUUUCUUGCCCUUCUCAAAUCAAUUGCCAUGUUCUUAUCAGAAUCCACGAAUAGAAGACAUAUUACUGGAAGUGCCAAUAGAACACGAACAUCCACAUCGUCAUCGUAGAGGUCUACCAAGUUCAGAUCCAACCUCCCCUCCAGUUGAAAAGUUCGCUCCAUUGAGAAUCCAAUUACACUAUGACAAAAGUAUACAGAAUCUGACAGCUGAAGUACAAAAUUUUGUGAAUACCACAUUAUUGCCUGAAGCUGUUGGAUAUUGGGAAAAUGCACUAAGAGUUCGACCUAUGACGACACCUAUUCGGUUGAGAAGAAAGUGUAUCUCCUCAUUCUACUACUACAAGCAAGGAAUGCGAAAUGUUGCAUGUGACAAAGGUUGCCGAGAGAGAACAACGUGUGGAGAGGCAGACAUUCCCCGUGAUCAUUUGUUGGACUGUUUGGCAUGUAAUAAUACUGAUGAUUGUAAAACCACUGGAGAACUGGGCGAAGGAGUUAAGGACACAGAUUUUAUAUUAUACGUCACUGCGCAUGACUCCAAAAGAUGCGAAGGCCCUGAAACUCUGUCAUAUGCUGCUCACUGCCAACAAGAAGCUGACUUUGAUCGCCCUAUAGCUGGAAAUGUGAAUCUUUGCCCGAGCGCCUUGUCUGUUCACAAUCAUGAUUACGAAAUACUUACGAGCACUGUAAAACAUGAAAUACUUCAUGCCCUAGGAUUCUCUGUUGGAUUAUACGCUUUCUUUCGUGAUUCGGAAGGUAAACCUAGGACAAAAAGGAAUCGCUACGGACGACCUACCUCACUGAACAAACAGAAAGGGUAUUAUGAUUGGGAUAGCAACACAAUAACCACGGUUUUGAGAGAGAAUUGGUGGACUGGAGAAGGAAAAGUUAUCCACCCGAUUCACAUGAUGGUUACGCCAAAAGUUCGAGAAGAAGCGCGAAGACAUUUCGGAUGUGAUAAGCUUGAAGGGGCGGAGCUUGAGAAUCAAGGAGGCGAGGGAACCUAUUUAACACACUGGGAAAAACGGGCAUAUGAGAACGAAGCAAUGACUGGCACGCACACUCAGAAUCCAGUAUAUUCUCGAUUAACGUUGGCAUUUUUGGAGGAUACGGGAUGGUAUCAACCUAAUUAUGAAGUCGCCGAAGAUCUUCACUGGGGAAAGCAGCUUGGAUGUGAUUUCGCGAUGAAAAGUUGCGGAGAAUGGAUUCAUGAGAAAAAGAUUUUAGGUGAAGAUGCUUAUCCAUACUGCAGUGAUAUAAAGCAUGACGGAUCAAAGUCGAUGGCAAUUACUAGAUGUACAACUCAACGUGAUUCUCUAGCAUUGUGCAACCUUGUACCAUUCCAAAAAGAGCUCCCUUCCCAAUAUCGUAAUUUUAUGAGCCUCCCCGGAGUGAACCCUGAUGGAGCAAAAUAUUACGGUGGCUCAGUUGAAAUGGCUGAUUAUUGCCCGUUUUUACAAGAAUUCGAAUGGAAACUGAUCGAUAAAACUCAACACAAGGACUCGAGAUGUGAACUUGAAGGGAAUGGUAAAGAGGGAGAGGAUAUUCUAGAGGUUUAUGGAGCAAAUUCCAAAUGUUUCGAAUUUCCGAAACCGUGGACUGAGAGAAAGUGUGGGAGGAUUCGAGUUUUAUCGCAUUAUAUGGCUGGGUGUUAUGAGCACCAAUGCACAAAUGGAACACUCUAUGUUGGUUCUUAUAAUGCAACAGAUAUGUAUCCAUGUUACGCUGAAAAUCAAAAAAUACACAUCAAAAAAGUUGUUGAUGGAUGGCUUCGAGAAGGUUCCCUGAUAUGUCCAAAAUGUGAAGAUUACUGUACCAACUGUGGACCGCCCAUCGUCAUACCAGAUUACAUUGGAGAUCCUGAACUUGAUGAGCCUUGCUCUUCUAACUUUAAAUUAUCAGUUUUAGCGUUUUUAUGUUAUUUAAUUUUUCUUCACAUUCGAUCAUAGUUUUGGCGGUUUUUAUGUUCAGUUUUUUCAACGAUUCGGGUUUAUUGGGGCGUUACCGGUCCCGGAUUUCUUAAUAUUUUCCAACACUUCUUUCCAAAAACUAAUUAAUUCCGGUGUAUUUGAUUUGCAAUGAAAUUGUUUUUUAAGCG